AUGGCGUACUACAUGACUGAAGCCACCAAGGAGAAUUGCCAAGAUGAGUGCAAAUUCAUCCCGGACAAAAAAGCGACUGAAGAAGAUUUGAGAAGAAUCGGUGUCAAAUGCACGAAGGUAAACUUCGAUGACGCCAAUGUUCAAGAAGAUUUGGAUCGUCUCAUCAAGAAGUACGACAUGAAUUUCCAUGAUGAGGUUCACAUCUGUCGUGCCACAAUGCCAAACUUCGAUGAAAAGCUGAACAUCUUCUUCGAAGAGCAUCUCCACGACGAUGCUGAGCUCCGUAUCAUCAAGCAAGGAGUCGGAUAUUUCGAUGUGAGAGCUAAAGACGAGCAAUGGAUCCGCAUCCCAGUCCGCCGCGGAGAUUUUGUAUUCCUUCCUGCCGGAAUCUACCACCGGUUCACUACGGAUCGCUCGGAAGACGUCGUUGCUCUUCGCUUGUUCCGCAACAACCCGAAGUGGACUGCCUUCAAUCGCAGCGCCGACGGGGACAAGCAACCAAUCAGGGAGCAGUACUUGAACGACAUUUCCCAAUAA